AUGUCGAAGGAGGCGCGGGCCGGGCAGGAAGAGAUCAUGGAGUGCCAGGUGAUGUGGGAGCCCGACAGCAAGAAGGACACGCAGAUGGACCGCUUCCGUGCGGCCGUGGGCGCCGCCUGCGGCCUGGCGCUCGACAAUUACGACAGCCUGUACCACUGGUCGGUGGAGUCGUACGCGGACUUCUGGGCCGAGUUCUGGAAAUUCAGCGGGCUGGUCUUCUCGCGCAUGUACGACGAGGUCGUGGACACGUCGAAAGGCAUCGCAGAUGUCCCCGAGUGGUUCAGAGGCAGCCGUCUGAACUACGCGGAGAACCUCCUUCGGCACAAGGACAACGACCAUGUGGCCCUCUACGUCGCACGGGAAGGCAAGGAAGAAAUUGUGAAGGUGACUUUUGAAGAGCUGAGGCAGCGCGUGGCUUUGUUUGCCGCAGCCAUGAGGAAAACGGGUGUGAAGAAGGGUGACCGGGUAGUCGGUUACUUGCCCAACGGUGAGCACGCCGUGGAGGCCAUGCUGGCUGCGGCAAGUAUCGGCGCCAUCUGGAGUUCCACGUCCCCCGACUUCGGUGUGAACGGGGUCCUGGACAGGUUCUCGCAGAUCCAGCCGAAGCUCCUCUUCUCGGUGGAGGCCGUGGUCUACAAUGGCAAGGAGCACAGCCACCUGGAGAAGCUGCAGCAGGUGGUGAAAGGGCUGUCAGACCUGAAAACGGUGGUGGUCAUUCCCUACGUGUCCUCCAGGGAGAAGAUAGACAUCUCGAAGGUUCCGAACAGCGUGUUUCUGGACGAUUUUCUGGCGGCCAGGACCGGCGAGCAGGCCCCCCAGCUGGAGUUUGAGCAGCUGCCCUUCAGCCACCCGCUCUUCAUCAUGUUCUCGUCGGGCACGACCGGCGCACCCAAGUGCAUGGUGCACUCCGCCGGGGGCACCCUCAUCCAGCACCUGAAGGAGCACCUGCUUCACGGCAACACCGGCUGCAGCGACGUCCUCCUGUACUACACCACGGUCGGCUGGAUGAUGUGGAACUGGAUGGUGUCUGCCCUCGCCACAGGGGCGUCCUUGGUCUUGUACGACGGCUCCCCCCUGGUCCCCACACCCAACGUGCUCUGGGACCUGGUCGACAGGAUCGGCAUCACCAUCUUUGGAACCGGGGCCAAGUGGCUGUCGGUGCUGGAAGAGAAAAACCUGAAGCCAGUGGAGACCCACAGCCUGCAGACGCUGCACACCGUCCUGUCCACCGGCUCCCCGCUGAAGGCCCAGAGCUACGACUACGUGUACACGCAUGUCAAGAGCAGUGUCCUGCUAGGCUCCAUCUCAGGUGGCACUGACAUCAUCUCCUGCUUCAUGGGCCAGAACCCGACCAUCCCUGUGUACAGGGGGGAGAUCCAGGCGCGGAACCUGGCCAUGGCUGUGGAGGCCUGGAGCGAGGAAGGAAAGGCGGUGUGGGGAGAGAGCGGUGAGCUGGUGUGCACCAAGCCGCUGCCCUGCCAGCCCACGCACUUCUGGAACGAUGAGAACGGCAGCAAGUACCGCAAGGCCUACUUCUCCAAGUUCCCAGGCGUCUGGGCCCACGGCGACUACUGCAAGAUCAACCCCAAGACCGGAGGCAUCAUUAUGCUGGGCCGGAGCGACGGCACGCUCAACCCCAACGGAGUGCGCUUCGGCAGCUCGGAGAUCUACAACAUCGUGGAAGCCUUUGAGGAGGUGCUGGACAGCCUGUGUGUGCCCCAGUGCAACGUGGACGGGGAGGAGAGGGUGGUCCUCUUCCUGAAGAUGGCGUCCGGGCACACCUUCCAGCCCGGCUUGGUGACCAGGAUCCGCAAUGCCAUCCGUGUCGGCCUGUCUGCACGGCACGUCCCCAGCCGCAUCCUGGAGACCAAGGGCAUCCCGUACACGCUCAACGGCAAGAAGGUGGAAGUGGCCGUGAGGCAGAUCAUCGCUGGCAAAGCCGUGGAGCACCGCGGGGCGUUCUCCAACCCCGAGACCCUGGAUCUGUACCGUGACAUCCCUGAGCUGCAGGACUUCUGACCGCUGGCCUGCACACUCCAGCCCGUUGUUCGCAGAGAGCCGCGAGUCCGAGGAGCGACAACACCACAGCUGGGUGCGGGGAGUUUGCACCGAGAGCCACGGGGCGUGGGAAAGGGUCGUCAUGUUACACGGCUCAGUCUGGGGACGCCCGGGUCUCCCUCACACUGGAACGGGGUCCUGAGCUGCAGGAGCGGGAGGGAGUGUCGCGGUUGUCCCCGUGCACACCCUCCUGUGCACGUACAGUGGGAGGGGCACAGGUGUGGGGCAGCAGCCGCGCCAUCCUGCCUCAGUGCCCCUGCCCGGUGCUCCGUUUGGCUCUGCAGGGCGCGAAGCUGCUCCUCCCCUCCCCAUCUGUCUCCCGCUCCCCUGCCCUCCCUCAGGCUAGCCAUCCACUGCUGAGCUUUCGCUGUGGCAAGGGACCCCACUGAGACCUGGCCCAGCUUCUCUCCGACUCGGGCCCCUGCGGCCGACCGCUCACGCCUGUGCCACCGACCGUGCGGUUCCUGUGGAGCCGUGUCACACUCCGGCCGGGCAGCGCCUCCCGCAGCGGAGCGUCCUGCAGGACGUGCGUCCGUCCGUCUAACCGGGUCUCUAGCACGCGGGUUUUGCAAUAUUUGGAAUGUUAAUGAAGUGUCUGGUGUGGGGUGUCUGGAGUGCCGAACGUCCACCUGCCUUCCUCUCGGGCCCCCAGCCUGCCCCAGGCCACACGCCCACGGAGUGCGGCCACCACUGGUCCUGGGGACAGCCGCUCGGGCUCACUGCACUUUCUACCUGAGAACUCUGAAUAUCUGUACAGAAGGGUGUGACCGGCCCCCGGGGACUGGUCGGGGUUUCGGCAGCCAGACAGCUCGAGUGCUUUUCGGUAUGCGUAUUAACCUGUAUCGGUAAUCUUGAUGUUCAUUUUUUGUACUUUUUUAAACUGAGCACAAUGAAAUACUUGAUCGAAUCCUUUUACUCCUGGAUUAUAAAAAUAUGGGGAAAGUGCCAUGAGGGACCUCGUGCAGUAAAUGCGUGUGUGUGCACACCUA